UGCGGAAAAAAAGGUUCUAUUUUUGAGCAUUAGUAAAUGUCAUACAUUCCUUUGCUAUUCAAAAGAUAAAGACACAUGAAGACAGUGUUCAGUCUAUAUAGGACACUUCGAUGAAUAAUAGAGAUACCACCAUUAAAAAUGAAACUACAGUUUUAUCAACGACAUCACCUGCCAUAGUUAUUGAGGAAUCUUCAGCUUUAGUUAAAGUACCUAAAGCUAAAGUUCACUUAAUCUCUGGUGCUAUAGCAGGACUUACAUCAGCCAUAAUGUUACAACCAUUAGAUUUACUUAAAACGAGAUUACAACAACAACAUCAAAUUGAAAAUAAGAUAGUGAGAACUACAAUAUUACAAGAACUUCGUAAAUUAACACAGAUAAAGGAUUUAUGGAGAGGAGCAUUACCUUCAACUCUUAGAACUUCAAUUGGGUCAGGAUUAUAUCUUACUACUUUAUCUCAUUUAAGAAGUACAUUAUCUACAUAUAAGGUAAAUCAUCAUGUAACUCCUAAAUCCACUUCAAAUACAUCAAUAUUACCAAAAUUAUCACAUUUUGAAAAUUUAUCUAUAGGAUUUAUUGCUAGAGGAAUGGUAGGAUUUUUUACAAUGCCAGUAACUGUCAUAAAAACAAGAUAUGAAUCUAAUUUAUAUAAUUACAAGUCAAUACUAGAAAGUAUUAGAGGUAUUUAUUUUGAUAGUCUGGCAAAUGAAAGAAGUACUGGUAAUGGAUCAUUCCGUAACUUUUUCAAAGGUUCGGUAGCAACUUUGGCAAGAGAUUGUCCUUAUGCUGGGUUGUAUGUUCUAUUUUAUGAAAGCUUGAAGAAUGAAGUAUUUCCUCGAAUUAUAAAUACUAAUGAAACUUCUAAUGGAUCUCAAAUAAUUAAUUCAUCUUCAGCAGUAUUAGCUGCUAGUAUUUCCACCACUAUAACUGCACCAUUUGAUGCAAUUAAAACUAGAUUACAAUUAGCCGAUAAUAGUAUGAAUACUCAUAAAUCAAUUUGGCAAAUUACAAAACUUUUAAUCAAUGAAGAAGGAGGCUUCCGUAAUUUAUUUAGAGGACUUUCAUUAAGGUUCGGAAGAAAAGGUAUGAGUGCUGGAAUAAGUUGGUGUAUUUAUGAAGAAUUAAUCAAAAGUUCUUAUUUCACGAGCUCUGCAAAUACUAAGGCUAAUGCUACACUUGUAUAAAUAGUAAUAUCGUAUAUUAAUUACUUGUAAAUAGCUUAAUUAUACAUAGACAUAGUAGACAUACAUAUAUGUAUGUAUUUUCCUGUACACAGUGCCCCACCUUUCUUUCCCAGCCAUCCUCGGGCCAAAAUCAUGACUCGCACUUCCUCCACUAUUUCUGGAGAAAAGCCGAAAUUUGUCAAAGGAUUAUAUACCCCAGUACAUACUUA